AUGUCUAAAGGUAAACCUGAGCUCUCAAAAGUUUUAUCAAUAUCUGAACCAGAAUCAUUAGAUCAAUGUAAAUGGAUCGGCUUACAAAAGAUCAAAUAUCAAGACCCUAACGGUAAGCAACGUGAAUGGGAUAUGGCUGUACGCAAAACAAGAACCGAAUCUUCUACAAGCAAUGGUAAAGCUUCUUUUAAAUUUGAUUCCGAUUUUGUAGAUGGUGUUGCUAUUCUGGCAUUUUUGAAAAAACCAAAUGAACCAACAAAAAUAUUAUUGGAAAAACAAUUUAGACCACCUUUAAAUGGUGUCUGUAUUGAAUUCCCCGCUGGUCUAAUUGAUCCUAAAGAGAGUAUUGAAACCUCUGCGCUUAGAGAACUAAAGGAGGAAACCGGCUAUAUUGGUAAAAUCAUUGACAAAUCAGUUAUUAUUUACAAUGACCCCGGUUUCACAAACACCAAUUUGUCGUUGGUUACUGUAGAGGUUGAUCUAACCCUACCUGAAAAUGUUAAUCCCAAAUGUGAGUUGGAAGAUAAUGAAUUUAUCGACCUUUUCACCGUAGAAUUAGAUAAUUUCCAUGACACUAUUGUUGAAUUGAACAAAUCAAGGGGCUAUAAGCUAGAUUCAAGAGUUUAUAACAUAGCUCAAGGAAUAAAGUUGGCCCAACAAUUUAAAAAAUUAGGUCUAUAA